AUGUCACAGCGAAAUCUUGAAGCUUCAAUCACGUUUUUGGAGGCCUCUAGUAAGGCAACCGAAAGACAAGGCGAGAUCCUGAAAGCUCAGCGGCAGCACUUGGAAUCCCUGAAACGGCAACGUGUUGAAGAACACCAGGCAUCACGAACCAGGCGGCUUGCGGUUCAGAAUUUAAGUCUGGCAGUAGAAGAGAAGACUCAAGCACUUGCUUUAGAGCUCAAGGAAGCUGAAGAAGGACUCCGAGGUACACUCAGUCAGAUCCCGUCCUUAGCAGCUGAUUAUCUCCACAACGACGACAGUCAUCUGCAGACCUUGACGGCUAUUUCUGCAAUCGAUGCAGAUCAUGGAAACGACGUGCGGGUAAGGGUGACACAGCUGACUGAGAAGCUAAGUCAACUGGAUCGGGAAGCAAUUGAAUGUCGUUUGAAUCGUGUAUACCUGCAACAGCUGGCGAGGCACGAUGCGGACCAGUGUUGCGAGCAAAGCCAGCUUAUUGAGCAUGAGGUGGAGAAGGAUCUGAAAUCGCUUCAUGUUGAAAUACCAGAUGUGGCGACAAUGGCUGUCGCCCAAUGCUUCAGAACACCUCUACUUCAAGCACUUGCAGAGCGGCAGACACGAAGGGACGCUCAAGCACGAAGUCAGCUCGAAGAUGUUAGCAAUGCUAUGACUGUCCUUAUCGAGGCAGCCAGGGCUUUUGUGGAUCGUCUUGAAGCUCUUCUAUCAUACCGGACGGCCCUUACAGCGUACCAAGCAGAUUUCCAAGCUCUUGCACACGGAUUUGAAAAAAAAGUCAAUGCAGGAAAGCAAGUGAGAAAGCCAUACAGAGGCGCGACAUCUCUAGCGAUGGAGGACGUAAUGAAGCACUGGAACGUACCUAUUUCCGAAAGUGGCUCUGUUGAACAAGCACUGUGGGCCAGGAAGCGAAAGGUGGAGCAGGACGCCCAUCGAAGCAGUAUUGCUGUGGAAGACAUGAUACGAAAACACCACAAUGCCUUGCCCAUGGAUUGUGCAAAACUCGUCGAUAUAGACACCGGCACAGACGUGUGUCUAUUGAAAUUUGAGAAGGAUAUCGAGAAGCUUCAGGACUGUAUGGACAGGGCAGAUCUAGCAGAUCUGGCAGGAACAGAAGGCACAGAAGGAGACGAAUGCCAAGUUCGUUUUGUCAAUAGGUGGGCAUAG